AUAAACUUGAAAGCCGGCGUUCCAACGAGUCAGUCGCGACGCGGCACGCGCCCCUUUCGAAACGUAUACGCGGCUUCUAUAUGGGACGUGAAAGCGUGAACUUGUGCCGGCUUGGGGCUCUCGUCCUCCUACUGGGUAUCGCCACUCUUUUUCUGCCCACCACACGACCGGAACACAUCGUUUCAGAACCCAAUUUCAAGGAGCCGAUCACCAACGUCACCGCACCGGUAGGACGCGAAGCUAUCCUCGCCUGCAUAGUCAAGGACCUCGGCGUUUACAAGGUGGCCUGGUUGAGGGUUGACACGCAGACGAUAUUGACAAUAACUAAUCACGUGAUAACGAAAAAUCACCGUAUCGAAGUCACCCACAGCGAUCACCUGACCUGGUUCCUCCACAUCCGAGAGGUGCGGGAAACCGACAGAGGCUGGUACAUGUGUCAGAUAAACACGGACCCCAUGAAGAGCCAAAGAGGGUAUCUCGAUGUCGUCGUGCCCCCCGACAUUCUGGAUUAUCCGACGAGCACCGAUAUGGUCGUAAAAGAAGGAAGCAACGUCACUCUGAGAUGCGCCACGACCGGAUCACCUCCACCUACGAUCACCUGGAGACGGGAAGACGGACGACCCAUUCCCUUGGGACACGGACAGGAAGUGAUGAGCGUCGACGGACCGGUUUUCAACAUCACCAAGGUCGAUCGACUCCACAUGGGAUCUUAUCUCUGCAUAGCUUCGAACGGCGUACCACCCUCGGUUAGCAAAAGAAUCACGCUCAUCGUUCACUUUCCACCGGUUAUUUGGGUCCAGAAUCAGCUCGUCGGUGCUCGUCAAGGACACCAAAUGACGCUCGGUUGUCAUUCCGAAGCAUUUCCGAAAUCGAUCAAUUACUGGACCCGUGACACAGGUGAAAUCGUACCUCAAGGUGGAAAAUACGAACCGAUACUUUUCGAGGACGCUUACAAGGUUCACAUGAAUCUCACCAUCCGAUCCGUGGGACCUCAGGAUUUCGGAGCCUACAAAUGUGUCUCGAAAAAUGCACUCGGCGAUACGGACGGAAGCAUAAAACUUUAUGAAAUACCGUCCGCCUCCGGAUCACGAUCGCCUUACGGCAACGGCACCAAGUACAAAGGUAAACAGAGAAAAAAUAAUUACGGUAACAAUUUCAUCGACGACGAUCAGAAUAUGCUCAAGGAAAGAGAUUUGAAGCUACGGGGUCGUAAGGAAAAUGGAAGGGAGGACGAAGAGGAUUACGAGGAUUCUUCUGGUGCUAGAGGAACGAUAUCAAGUAACCACUUUCCGGGAUGGUUAACCCUUUUCCCCGUCGUUGCGUUGCUUCUGUCAUUGACAUUUCUUCCGCAUGAAUCUACUUUAGAAUUGAGAACGCUUCGUCCCGCUUGAAGAACUGCCGCUUGGAAAAUAACAAAAUUAACCAAAGACCCCGAGAUUAAUUGAAAAAUAAAAAUGGACGUUUUAACGGAUAAACCAAAAAACCAAAAAAAAAAACAAAUCGAUACUCACAUCUCAUCCUCGCCUGUAGCCUGUGUAAUGCGUGUCUACGAAAAUCACGUACCUACCUCAACAAUUUACUCGUACGUGAGCAAAGAAAUGAAAUGAAAUGAAAAAAAAAAAUAGAAAACCGAAUCUGAUUGAAAAAAUAAAUUUCAAAAAUAGUUCACACGUACGUAUAUUGUAUAUUUGUAUUUCUAUCGAUUCUCGGUUAAUUUGACGAAAUUUUUACGCUGACAAUAAUAAUAAUUCUGUUCGUAUGUACGUAAAAUAGGAAAGAGAAAAAAUAAAAAAAGGAAUCGAUUAAUUAAUUAAACAGACGAUUGUAAAUCAUCGGGGCGAGUCAUCGAUACGAAUUUAUAUGUUAUAUACGUACGUGUAUUUAGGUAUAAAAAAUAACACAAUUUAUAAUAUCCAAUCGAUAAAAUGAAAAACAAGUAAUUAAUUAAUUUAUUAAUUGAAGACACAAGGCGAGGUGUGUAUAAAUAUUGAAUUACACAUAUAUAUACGAAUACAUGAUGCAGUGUAUGAUAUAAUUAAAUGCGCAAGAUGUUCGGUAUCUAGUUAUAUAAUAUAUAAACAUAUAUACAGAAAUAUGAUAAUUAUAUAUCGUAUAGAUAUUAUACGAAAACGCUUGUAACGAUGAUGUAAAUAGCAAAAUCUGAUGAAAAAUUUAUCAACGAUUGAGAAACUAAAACGAUUUUUUUCAGAAAUAGAACUUAGAAAAAAUAAAGAAGAUGAAAACAAGGAUUUAUAAAUGUAUAAAAUGAGAUGCGACAAAAAAAGAAAUUGAAUUUUUUUAGCCGAUAUGUUGUAACGUGCCAUUACAUGUAUAGUAUGUAACGUAUACCUACUUCAUCGUGGUCAUGCCGUUUUAGAAUUUCCUUUCAAAUUUCUCCUUCUAGUUUGUUCGUCUUUCUACAUAUACAAUUAACGAUUAAUUAAUUUCCCAUUGACUUAUUCUUGAUUUUAUUUUUUCUACAUACUAUUUACACAUUAUCAUAUAAAAAUAUGUAUAUACCUAAUAUGUAUACUUGUACAUCUAGAGUGCGGCUUUGAGAACAAGGAGAAGAAAAAAGAGAAAAAUAAAAUACAAAAAACCAAAAAAAGAAAACCUGAAAAAAAAAAAAACUUAAAUAUCCUAUUUAUUUAUCUAAUCUAUAGGAAACGAAAAAUAAAAAUGAGAAGAGAUAAAAAACAGGCGAGAAAAAGAACCGUAUGAAUUAAAAUGACCCGCAGCGAGUUGUAGAUUAAAAAAAAAAUAAUAAUAAUUUAACAAAUAAAAACGAAAGAGAAAAAGAAAAUUUAUCAUUUGCAUAACGACGUGCGAGUACGACCAAAAAAAAAAAAAAGAGAAAAGAAGUAAAACGAUCAAUAGAUUGAAAAAGAGAAAUUUCUAUUUAUUUUUAAUUUUUACGAAUGAAACUAGAUAAUUAAUGAUAUAUGGUAAUUAAUGAAAAUGAUGAUAGUCAUAUACAAUUAGAAUUAAUAAUACCUACAGUUAGAUGUAAGUGCGGCGGAAUUUUUUUCACCGGGAAAAUUAUAAGUGAGCUUGACUUUAUAUAUUAUACUACAAGUGCAGAUGAAUUAGACGAUAAGCACCCAACGAUACAUUUGAAUAAUGUAUAAGUGUAUAAAUAUUAUACACCGUAUAUCUAGUGUACAUAUAGAUAUAUCAUUAUUGUAAUAACGAUUAUAAUUAUUAGGAUUAUUAUUGUAUAUUGUAAGUAAUUUAUUGUAUAAAUAAUACGUAAAUUGUACGCGCUUGAAUUGCAGCAUAAAUAUACCAGCCUUGAUACAAAUUUCACGAUGUCGUCGUCGGCGUCGUCAAUAAAUGAAAUGAGAAUUGAAUUUUGAUCUUUUUUUUCCUAUUGUGCAGAAUAGUUUUUUUUCUUUCUUUUUCAUUUUCUCUCUCUCUCUCCUUCUUAUAGUUCCGAAUGAAAAUUACCGGCGUCGAAAGAAAAAAAAACAACAAAAAAAUUGGCAGCUCACGUAUAAUGAAAUAAGAGCGAGAGAGUUGAUGUAAUAAAUUUCGCUGAAUAUAAAUGCGAGUUAUCUUUGGUUUAAUUUGUAUGAAUAAUUAUGCUCGUUUUAAGAUUAUUCAUUAAUACAGCUUGUCAAGGUGUAUCAUAUACCUGUCUAAUGAAGUGGGUGUGUUAUAUGUACGCUAAUUAAUCAUUUCGGAAAGCCAAAAUGAUUGACUCUAUCGAGUAAAUUAACCGCACUUGACUACUGUUACUUUCAUUUUAGUUUUCUUUUUCUAAACUUUUAGUACCACCUCAUCAUAUCCAUUGAUACAAUCAAUUUAACGGAUCGGUAAUUAUAUUAUUUCAAUUAUGCAAACGUAAUGCCAAUGAUUAUCGAAGUACACAUCGCAUUAUAUAUACACGUGUAGUAGAAUUGAAUAAUUGAAAGAUUAUCAACGCGUGAAAAAGGCUUGAAAAAUUUUAGGUGCCCAUAUGUGAGUAAUAGACAUACAAAUAUACAUGACAGACGUUGUAUAUGCACUCAAUUAUAUGUAUAUGGGUGAAACAUAGGUUCAUUAGCAGCUAUAUAAAUAUAUAUUAUAUUACGAAGAAGAGAAGAAAAAAAAAAAAAACUACAAUUGUAAUAAUUAUAUUUGUACAAUUAUUAGAUUUUAAGUUUGUAAAUAAUAUGAUAAGAAUAUAUAAGAAUUAGACAAAGCGUAAUGUGUAAACCGUAAUUAUAACUGACAUUACAACAAAAAUAAUAAUAACGAUAUCGAUAAUUAUAUUGA